ACAAACUACCCGACCACCGCACUGUGCGGACCAGCAAAUCUCCUCCAACUACCCGAGAAAUCUGCGCCGCACACGCGGAUCGAAGAACAGUUUACACGAAUCACCCGCGCCUCGAAAUCGGCGAUCUUCGGAGUCUUGAACUCGAGGCGUCGAUUGCCGAUAAUUGUACGGGAGCGAAGAUUUUUUGCUGAAUUAAGUUCGGUCGCGACGAAUCAAAUAACGAUUUUUUUUUCCAUCGAUAUCUGUUUAUUUAUUUGUAUUUUUUUUCUUUUCACUUCUUAACUCGAAAAUUACGCAUCCAUGAUUUUUUGGUUGAUUGUUUCAAUUUGACGGUUACAGUUUUCAAUCGGAUUAGUUUUUCUGGGUAUGCCAACGGUUUUACAAACGACUGAUUGAUCCGUUUGUCGUUUUCAAUCGUGGCUCUUUGUCUUCGUUUUUUUUUUUUUUUUUUCUAGUUAUCGAUUCCAUUUGUUUAUCGUGGAUGACAUUUUUCGUCAACACGAUUCAAGCCUCGCGUUUGCGAGAUAUAAAAAAAUCGGUAUCCGUUUUCGCGCCAUGACGAGGAAAAGGUGGCGGUAUCAAAUGGACGUUUUUUAAAAUUUGAGGAAAAUGAAAUAAACUUUUUAAACAGAAAUUAACAAAGAUAUCUUAAUUGAUGAGUAAAAAAUAUUUUCAACCGCAGUUUAUAGUUUCGAUCAAAGUAUUUCGAUCGCAAUAAUUGGCUAAAGAUGAGAAAGUAACAGAAAAGGAUUGAGUAAAAAAAAAAAAAACCACUUCGUAAAAAACAGAAAAUUGCAGGCGUAAAAUAUGCUGAAUUAAGAAGCACGGAACGCGAUAAGAAACAACAAACGAAGAAUUAAUCGACGAUUUAAAAAGAAUAAAGAAAAAAAUACACCCGUGUUUAAAUUCACAAAUAGUACGGUGAUUAAAUAUUGAAAAAUUAAUUCAACGACGAUUUGUUUUUCCCCUGAUUGAAAUCAAAUAAAUAGGGAGAUAAAAAUUGGGUCGAUAAAUAUUUGUGCCAGUGUUAUUGCUCGAACGUGAAGAUUGCAUCCCUUUGAAAUUGCAAAGCCUGCGGACAAGGUUUUCGACGAAAGUGCAGCCGGGAGUAAAAAACAGAAUAUAAUGCCGAGCGGAAAAUGCAGCUCCUAGUCCUCAUCCUCCUCGGCUGCUUCAACCUCAUCACGACUCAAGUGCGAUCCGAGGAUAUUUCGCUCACCCGGGAACCCCUUGGAGACAUUUUCAUCCUUGACGAAUCUUCAACCGAGACGUGCGACGAGCUCAGCAGCAGAACGGCGAGUCCCAUCUUCCUGGCACCGUCUUCCCUCGGGAUUCAAAUUUCAAACAGUUCCCACACCUGCCAGUGCAGUCCGAAACUUCCGGUAUUCAGGGAGGACCUCAGCAUCUGCGUCGACGGAAUUCACGAAUGCGGCGAGGCUACAUUCGUCAAUAAUACCGAAGUCUCCGAGAAGGUUCCCUACGUCUUUCUACCUCAGCAAGGACAGCUGAUCUACCCUUAUGCUGAAAUACGCAUCGAAGGGGUUAAGACUCCGUUGUGCAAAGUGACUGGUGCCCAGCAACUGAGCCGAGGGGGAUGGUCCGAGUUGCGGAAUCUGUCAACCGGGGACCUGCCAUUGAAGUUUGUGACGUACGAGGGACGGAGCUACUUGCAGUGGGUAGGAGAAGCCGAGCUGCGGGAUGCGACGGAGGGACGAGUCGUCCGUGUGCAUUUGGUGUGCCGAGACGUGGACCGGGAGAAGCGGGCUCCUGAUGUAUUCACUCCUUGCGUGGCCUUCCGGGUGGCCGGCUCUCCGGCGAAGAACAGCAUUCGAGAGGUGGUGUUCUUCAACGAUGCCCAAGUCUCCCAGGGCCUGUCCGCCAUCGAGUACACCGCCAUCGGAUUAUCCUCGGUUGUUCUCGCCCUGAUAUACGUUGCCAGCGUUCUCCUUUACCUCCACACGAGGAGGACCAAGCGGAGACGCGUUGAGGAACCGGAGUCCGGCCUGGGCACCGGCCGCGACAACAUCGGGAUCGUCAAGAGCAACCCUCUCCUAGCAGCCGGACGCCAUUUCGAAAGCGACGACAACAGCGGACGCAGCGAAAGCGAGCUUGGAGACGAGCUUCCGCAAAGCGACAGUGACCAUGGCUUUGAAAAUGUCACUUCAGCGGUGGUUCAUCCGCAUUGCGCGUACAGUUCAGACUCCGACGGGAUGUUCGGGUCCGGUUCGAUACUCGGGGAACGUCUGCCCGAAGAGGAUGUUCGGAUUGUGGAAACAAUCGAGAACACCCAACACCAUGAGAGCUCCUCACUGCCGGGCACCCAGAGACGGAAGCUGUACUUUAACCCGGCGUACUUUGACAGGCAACUACUACUGGCCCCACCUCCGGCCGCCAUAGAGUUUCUAUUCAAAAUACGCGAAGUCAUCUCCAUAGCGAAACACAAGAUGGCUGCGAAGCGAUUCGUCCCGACGCUUGUUGGGAUUCCGGAGGAGGAGACUGGCCUGGAACGAAAUGGACGAACGGGUCUUCAUCGCCGGGGAAGCUCGGCUCAGGGAUCUGUCGCAAGAUCGAAAAAGUCUCAGAGCUGCACCGGAUGCCCAGGUUGCCGCGAGUCGCAGCCAAGUUUGCCGGUGCUUCCGGCACCGUCGCACUUAUGCCUGGGAGAAAGCAGGAUACGUGCAUGGUUGGAGGACGUGAAGCCGCCGGAAAAAAAGUGGAAGGACGCGGAAGACAGUAGACGGAACUUUGCAGAGAACGCGAGAUCCUUCGCGAAGAAUCUUGAGUACCUCAAGGAGAUGGCCAAGAGCGACUUCGGCAGCCCCGAGAGGGCCAAUAAGCACAUGUCCUCCUCAUGGAAGGACAAUCCGCCGAUGCUGAGGACCUUCCAAAACAUCGCGAAGAGUGAGAUAAUGGAAAACGACGACCGCCUCAGCGUCUCGAAACGUUCGACCAGGUCCAUGUUUGAGGAGUCGAACUUCAACCGGUACCACAACAUGUGCAGCAGCAACAUCCAGACCCUGGAUAUGAACGACACGGUGAACGCGAAGGUGAGGAAGGCCAUAGAGAACUCGUUCAUCAAGCAGAUGGAGGAGAACGCGACUCUCGAGUCGCUGCAAUCGCUGGAAAAGAAGCUGAUGGAUCCGCUAAUGCUGAGAGAUGGACGAGUGACGCCCACGAGUUCACACAAGUCGGCCAAGUCAUCGUCGAACGAUUCGGUGCCCAAGACACCGACAAAGAGGUCGAAGAAGUCACGCGCACCACCAGCCCCGAAAAAGCUCCCCGACAUGAUCAAGGAGCUUCCGAACGGUAAAUAUCCCGCCAAGAAGCUCAUGGACGAGGUGAUCCAGGAAAUGGUUGUCGCGAAGGCGCUCGAGCACAGGCCGAAACUGGCUAAGGCCACCGACUUCGAGGUCGAUAGUUUGGAGCGCUCGAAGAGCAGUUUGAAGUCCUCUUCGUCCCCGGACUCUACGGAUCGCCAUUCGAGCCCGGCUCUGUCGACAGCGCUGCCUCUCGAUGAGGAACUGACCAUGCAGAACGCGAUAUUCAACGUGAAGACGGGGGCGAUGACGAUCUCGAAGUUGAAGAGUGAGGCGUUGGAGAGUAAAACGGCACCGAAAACAACCCUUUCAGAGCUGAUACUUCCCAGACCUCAGAGCUACUCACUGGUCAGCGAGGUGUACGUUAACGACGGGUACGCCAGCCCGGCCGGAAGCGAGUCCUCGGGGCCGGAAAUCCAGUACGAACCCGAAAACCCUGGGCACCUGACCAUCAAGGUACUCGACUCGCCGGAGAACUACGUGAAGCAGGACGACUCGGAGUACGAGCCGGACACGUUGGAUCGCAAACCAAUGAAGCUGAAGAUAAACGAAGACGUCAGCUACGGCAAGGGUAACCUUGACGAGGUGUACGUCGACUCGUUGGAAAGACCAGCCCACAUAUCGCUACGCAGCAAGGGAAGCUUCAGAACCGAAGAUUCGAAGGGUAACGAAACUGCACCGUUCCAACGGAGCUACGGAAGCCUGCGCGAGAUCUACGAGGCCAGACUGAGGAGCAACCUGAAGAACUCUGCACUGCUGAGCAGCACGCGGUCCUUGAACGGGGACCCGGAGGUGGACGCUUACUCCUGGCAGAAGGACAAGUAUCUUACCCCUGAAAUGAAGCACAUCAAGAGACAACGGAAGCCCCAGAACCAGCCUGACGUCGUUCCCACUCCGAUUGACGAAUCGAUUUACCAACAGCCGAAACCACCGCGGCUGAUAGAAGGCCUGAUGACGAAGCCCCCCUUGCCACCGCCAAAAAACGGACGGGACAGGAGUUGCGUUGAUACUGGUAGCCCUGCGGCCAGCGAGAUCACUUCUGUCCCAGUUAAUUAUUACUCCGCGGGGAAGCAAUUCAUCAAUGACAUUAACGACGCGAACGAGCCUUGCCUCUGUCGCCAGAAGAGGAACGUUAUGUCGAACAGCUUCGAGUCGUUGGCCACCUUGAACUACGUCGAGAAGAAGCCGUACCUGUCGAGGAACGACAGUAGAAAGACAGUAAUCGGCGAUACGGCUGCGGACUCACACUGGCGAGUCAACGACUAUGCGUCCAGAGAAUACGAGAAUGUAUCGUCCCUGCGCAUCAAUGCCAAUCCCCAGAAGUCCAAGGGCAGGAUCCCCCUGUUUCCGAUUGACACGAAAAGCUACCCUCCGGUUAGGAAGACCAUGUCAAGUCUCAGGCAUUCCGGAUCCGAGAAGAGAGCCAGACAAUCGACGGCCGAGCCGAGGUGUCUAAUUUCCGAGGGGUGCAUCACCUUCCUGGCACCGGACCAGCGUUCGCCGCCAUCGAAGAACGCCGGACAUCGAAACGGAGGUCGUAUCCGAACGGUACCAGGGAUCCAGGUCCAGCAUGCCGGCUACAAGGUCGAGGACAGUGGGUACCUCAGCAGCACGGACAGCAACGGGUCCCAUAAACGGCUAUUGAGGCAAGACGUCAGCAGCGUUUCGGAAACGGAUGAAACGGAGUCGGCUUGUGACGGGGCGAGCGAAAGCGGGGCGGAGAGCAUCGGCACGGACAGUGUGUUCUUUGGCAACUUCCGGAAGCUCUCGGAGAUGUCGAGCUUCUCGAAGAGCGUCGAUUCCGGGGUGGAUCUGAACGUGCGGAACCCGUACUUCCAGGCCUUUGGCAUCAGGAAUGAAGGCGGGGUUUUAGAGCGGCCGAGUUACGCCGCCAGCGAUAGCGAAACCGAUAGCUUUAUGACCGUUCUACCGCUGGCAGGUAGUAAACGGAAUAGUUUGAUUUUAUAGUUUUAACAGAUAGGUGAACAGUAGCAAGGAAUUUAAGAGGUUGUGAAAAAGUUAUUAACGGAGUCCAGGGUACCUUUUAGCUUUUACGUUCUACUGGGACCGGCGUGUUCCGAAUCUUCUUUUUUUCUGUCGAUCAGUUAUUCGACGAACGCUACGACGUCCAAAGACUCAUAACUACUGGGGCCCAGCAUUCGAGGCCUUAAAAAGACGUUUAUUUUAUUUUCUGUAUUUCAAUGACGGGCUAAUGAACUUCAAGAAAAGUGAAAUGAAGUUUCGUUGAUUAGAUCCUGAAUUCUAGCGUGACUACUUUCAACUGAAUUGGGAGUAGUUACUUGAACUAAUAUCAAUGGCGAUUUUUAUGUCCGUUUUCCAUUCUGUCGUGACUAGAAAAAUGGAAAAUAAAUAAAUUAGAUACUUGUCAGCAUGCCGACCAGAAUUUCGAUAAAAACUCCUCGUUGUGCUUAAAAAAUCUUCUGUCUAGUGUAAUUACUUGCUAUAUAUUUAUUUCGUAAAUAUUUAUGACACGCUAUUUUUCACUCUCUUGCCAUUUAUUCUCGACAAGUUUUUUUUUUUUUUUUAAUCCUAGUCACCUUUAACGGCGUUCACAUACAGAAGAUUUCAAUAAUUAAUCAUACCCCCAGGUCUUCACAAGUUCAACCGACAAUAUUCUCUACCUUAUACUGUACUCUAAUACACGUAAUAUAAUUAUUCCUCGCCAGUUAGAAUUAAAUUAUUAUAUGAUAUUUAAUUUAAACCUAACGUAGUAGAAAAUUUGAUGUAGAUGAAAUGAAGGCCAGUAUAAGUUGAAAGUUAAAUUAAGAAAAAUAUAUUAAGAAAAACAGAAAAAAAAAAAUCAAAACGCCAAGCGUUCAAGAGUUCGUAAUUCGGGUAUGCUGUAUAAUAAUCCUCGUCUAUAAUCAUUGAAAUAUGAUUUACAGAGCGAUUAAUAAACCGAACUUGUUAGUUUAGAAGCCUAAAUCUGUAAGAUCAUUUUUAUUUUUAUAAAUAUUUAUUGUUAUUCUAAUCUUUUUUUAAACAAAUUGUAAUCCAUUUAGCGAAUCGAUAGAUUUCUACGGUUCAAUUCUGUUUUACAACACACGUAACGUAUGAGAAGUCGUCCUGAUUCUCAGUUUUUCUUCGAACUAUAUGACAUGAUAAUUACGGGUCGAAGAAUUACUCGAGAAACGGCUUUGGCCGGCGGUGCAAUAUUAAUAUUUGUUAGGGUCUUAAUAAUUAACCGAAUGCAAGUGUCACAUGUGUGGUUGUGUACAUAAACGUGCGUCUGAUUGAAAGUAUUCAAUUUCAUGUGUAUAGAAUUGAAUUAGUUGUUUAAGGGUUGUCAAAAUAAUGAUAUCUUGCCAAAAACGGUAUUAAUAUACUGUACACAUUUUUUACUAUUUAAGUGUUAUGAACUCAAUUUAAUCACUAGCACAUUGUAUCAAAUGUUUAUCUAUACAUAGACGUUCAAUUUUCGUCAUUGACUCGUUAAGUUUGUCGUUGGAUAAUUUUAUUCGAUAAUUUAUAUGAAGAUGAAACUACCCAUACUCACAAAUGUUUAUAAAUAUUUAUAUAUGUAUAUAUCCAUGUUGCAUUUGGUCUAUAAGUACGCAACAAUUGUAAGCAGAAUUGCUAUACCGCGCUAUUUAAACGUUGAGAAUUUGUACAAAUAUCUGCUAUUCCAUGGUUGUCUGAUAUUUUUUUAUUUCUAUUUUAUCUUCAAAUUCUUUAUCGUUUUACCUCACUGCGUUUUUCUGUACUAUUUAAUACACACACACACACGCACACAUAUACACAUUUUUUUCCUUAGUGAAUUGAAUUAUGAAAUUCAGAAGCGCACGCUUCCAAGUACCUGCCAAAUGUAUAUAUGCAUAGAUCUAUAGGUAUACGUAAAAGAGAAUAUUUCGCGUAUCAAUAAUCUAACAUUUAUAAAUGAGAAAAGAGAAGAAAUUAAAUUUUUAAACGCUUUAUCAAGUAAUAUAUUAUCGAGACAAUAUAUAAUAUAUUCAAUAAUUAUUUACUUAUAUAUAACGUGUACAUAAGAAUAUAAUAUAUUUAACACGUAUGAAUAUUCAUCAACGUGGGAACAUACUGAAGCUCAAAGGUAGAAUAAUAUUCGUAAACGAUAGAAUUCGAGGCAUAUUAUAAAACUCCGUCCGUUCAUUAUAGAUCGUAUAGUUCAAAUGUUUUGUGCAAUGUACGAAUUCUUCUUACACGGUUGUGAAUACUUUUAGUACACAAUGCGAAUAGUGCGAUAUAAUAGAUAUAUUUUAGGAUUGAGAAGUACCAGAAUUCAACGGAAAUUGAAUAAACUUCUCUCCUAUAAUACUGUUUCGGGGACAGGGUGUCGGUGGGUGUUGGACUGAUUUUAAUUAAAUUCAACCUAUAUCGAGUAGUGAGCCAAUACAAUUCGGAUCCUGCAGUUAGUUUCGAUAGUUAUUGGCAGCACGUUGCAUAGUCUGUACAUAUUCGUUCAUUUUGUAAUAAAUUCUAUUUGGGAAAAAUAAAACUCUUCAUUCAUUCCCUUGAAAAA